AUGGGCAAAGCAGAAAAGAGGUCAAAAGAGCCCGUUGGCGGAGCGUCGACUGCUCCCCCAACGGUACCGCAAACCACAUCGGCCCUCAAAGCAGACGCUCUUCUUGGCCACAAGAUCCGCGUCCUGAUAUACAAUCUUCUGAAUAUCACCAAAGAUCCCUCGUCGGCGAAAAGACUAAACGCCACGAUAGACGAGCACUACAUCAGCACACCGUAUUUCACAGCCCCCGAGGCAGAAGCCCUCAAGAGUGCCACAGUCGAUGUGGAAAUCAACUCGCAUCUCAUGCCAGACGAGUCCAGUGGUGCAGAGUCUAUACCAGGAAAGUCACUACACGAUGCGCUUUGCGCUUUGCUCCAGAACUUCCUCGAGAGACGAACGAUGCCCGGCCUUGUGGGCCUCACGAUUUGGCGCCUAUUUUUGCGGCUCUUUUUGGAGUGGAGGAGGUAA